AUGCCGCUGCCCGCGGCGCGCAAUGGCAGCGCCGGGCGCGUGUCCCAACGACUGCAGGACACGCUUUUGCGGUACGGACAGGUGGGCCUCGUGGUUCACUUCUGCCUCUCUGGGAUCUCCAUCUUCUCCUGCUACCUGGCUGUGCGACAUCAGCUCCCCAUGGAUCGGCUGCUGGAGUUCGUCGGCAAGACACCGGACACCAAUGAUUCCGGGACAGACGCGUUGAAUGCGGGAAGCAGCCUCUUCAUGGCCUUCGUGAUUCACAAGGCCCUCAUGCCAUUGCGGGUGCCCGUGACCGUGGCAGUGACUCCGCUGGCUUCGCGUGUUUGGUCGCACUUUUCCAAGCGGUGA